AUGCCAGUUUGUACAGGAACAAAUACUUGUAAAUAACAAGGAAGAUAGAUUAGAUGGAUUUGCUUACACCCAAUAUGUAGCAACUUCAAAGAAUUGUGUGACGAAUGCCACAAAAAUCACUUAUAAUUCCAUUAGAAGUAUAAAGUAGAAAAUGAACCAGAACCAAACAAUACUAUUGUUACAUUUGAUGAUCAAAAAAAUACUGUUGAAAAGAUUCUUUUGAGAGUUAGAGAAGAUCUUAAAUUUUUUAAAGAUAGAGCUUCUUCAGAGAUUUAAAAUAUGGAAAAUACAGAAUUACCAAUUAAUAAUAUUGUAAAAGAGUUACAAGAAAUUAGGAGAAUGAUUAAUUAAGAAUUUGAUCAUUUUAUUGAACAGCUUGUAGAUGAUUACGAAAAACCUAUAAAAGAUAAAAUAAAAGAUGUCUAUAACGAAAUAUAAACAAAAAUAACUGAAACAGAUGAUUUUAUUUCUAAAUUAAACUCAGUGGAUUAGCUGGAAACGAUUAAACUUACUAGUAUUAUUGAUAUACCAUAUUAGACAUCGUUUUAAAAAGCUCGCUUGGAGUAACUUUUUGAUGAGCGUACAACAAAAAAAUUUGAAGGAGUAAUAGAUGAUGAUGUGGUCUUGCGCUUUUUAGGCUCAUUUUAGCAGGAACUAAAAAAUUUGAUUUAUAUUCCAUCAGAAAAAAAUGAAUUAAAAAAGAAGCUUAUGGUGUAAAAAAAGCAGAGAGCCCCUCUAAACUCUAAAAAGAACUGGCUCUUCUAUUUUGAACCUAAUACUAAAAACUUUUAUUAUGUAGAUACUUCUAAAACAAAUCCAUAGAUUACAAAGAUUGUAUUAGAUAAUAUAUCUUUUAAUAUUUAUUAUGGUAACAGAUCUAUACUGGCUAGUGAUGAUAAUAUUUAUUUAAUUGGAGGCUAUGAUCAAAAAAAUAUUAAUUCUGAAAACGAGGAGUAAUAUAAAUCAGUAUAUUUGCUUGAUCUAGAUUAAAAAACUUUAAAAAAGGUUAGUAGUUUGCUUACUCUUAGACACAGUUUUGGUUUAUGUUGUUUUUAAAAUUAUCUUUAUAUCAUUGGAGGCUAUAAUUAUUAAGAAGGAAGUUUGGCUAAAUGUGAAAAAAUAUCACUCUAAAAGGUUAAUUAGCACAAUGCUAUACCUAUAAGUAAUUUGCUUUAGAAGACAUCUCAUGCUUCAGUAUGCUCUUGGUAAGAUAAAAUAAUUGUCAAGUUUGGUGGAAUAUAAUUUGACUCUAACUCAACAGAUCAACGAAACUAAUCAAAAACACCCAGGAUUUUAGCUGAAUCGUUGUUUGAAUUCUAUUUCCCUGAUUUGGAUUAAUGGAUAUAAAUGCCUCAAUUGAAUUAAUGUGUAAGUCAAUCCUUUUUAUCAACUAUUAUAGAAGUUAAUGAUUAGAUAUAUAUUUUUGGAGGAUUAGAUGAAAAUUUAUAACUUCUAAAGAAAUGCACCAAAAUACAGUAAUACAAUCUGAUGAAACUUGAUAUCGAAGUAAUUAAUCAACCUGAUUUAGCUAAUAAAUCCUAUUCAAUCUGUUAGCCAAUUUUUAGAGAGUUAGAUAAUUAAGCUUUUAAGGUAUUUUACCUAAGUUACGAAACAAACGAUUACAAAAACUAACGCGUUUAACCUGUAUUACGUUCUUUAAUAGUAUGA